AUGCAUAAGCUGUCGCCGGCGCUCAAGGCGCUCAUCAACUCCCCGCACGCGCGCCCUGGCACCAUUCCCGCGCCAGCUCAGAUCGGCGCCGUAUAUUCGAGUAUCGCCAAAGAAGCCGAGCCUCGCAAUGUCGGCCUGAAGGCUUGGUUUGGUGCUGCUACGGCAGCUACAAUGACCAUGAACUCGCCCGAGUCCCUCGUCCAACUACACAAACUGGUAUCGGAGCAAUCAUCACAGAGCGAAAGCGUCUACCUGGCCGAGCUCAUUCGAGAAAUCGGCUUGAAAUGCAUCGGCUUCAAUGGCAUCCCGCGAACAAUCAACUGCCUUGGAGAAUUCCGAGCCGGUCUACCUGAAGACGUGCAAAAUGCACUUGCAACCCAGCCCCGACGACACCUGAAACCAGAAGGCGUGGCAGACAUCCUGAACCGCGGCCAGUCGCUCUGGAAAUCCAUCUACUAUCCCUUUGAAACCAAACUCCAACAAAAACUGGCCCAGUCGCAUCCCGAUCUUCCCGUUCAUAUCCUCGAAGGAGAAUACGGAAACCUAUUCGCAGACCCGGCAGCAACUGCCACUACCCAGGGAGUCGUCCCCGCCACUGUCGGGCGUGUGCUGACCUCAAUUGUGGCCGUGUCUUGUCUGCGGGCGCAAACGGGAGUUGGACCGCAGGUUGUGUCGCAUGUGUUUGGGCUGCGCAAGGCGUUUGAGGAUGGGACGGCAAAGACCGAUGAGAUUGAAGGAGGCCAGUGGCUUUCCUCGGAUGAGGGCAGCAUCUGGCUGAUCGGGAUCGUGGAUCGCAUUGUUGAUGCGAUUGGCAAGGGCGACGGGACGAGUUUUGCGCCUGGAUUGAAGGCGAAGCUGUAG